UGUUUUAGCAUUUGCGCUAUCCAUGCUGCCUUUUCCCAUACACUGUGAACCGCCGAAUGAAGAAUCAGAACGAUCGCACCCCGUGAAUUCCACAAGUGUGUGUACGAUAUGUUUGUCGCCAUAAAAUCGCCCCGCGAGUAGUUCGAAAUUAAGUGCAUAGUGUAAUUAUUGUUUACUUAAACGCUUUCCGUACGGGUGCAGUUUAGUGAAAUUCCGUGUGACACACAAUCAUUCCGAGUAUUGCGAUUUGAUUGAAGUUCGGUAGUGGAUGUGCUUGUUGCUUGUGUCGAGAUUUUAAGCUGCCAGUGCGCGCCACUUAGCCAUUGUCGAGUGCUAUAAAUGAAUGCUUUUCCAUGUGUGGAACAAGAAAAUAUGAAUUUUCGUACACAUUAUAUGCUAGCAAUUUAUUCGCUUAGGGUGGCCGUCUUACCCCGUCUUCCCCUAUGUUCUUCGUGAUUUUAUAGCAUUCGCUACGACGCAACGUGGAUGUGUGAAUGGGAUUGAUAAUUCCUUGACGUCGCAGUAGAAGUCCAAAGCAACAAGUGGUGUGGUAAAGGGGGCGGCGGGUGAUACGGUUCGGAAGGGACGGCCCCCAAAAAGAAAACACACUUCCAGAGAUCGCGAACGAAGAAAACAUCCGUCGCGGGCAAGAGAACACAGCCAAAAAGUCAAUGAAUCGCAGCACCAACCAACGAUGAUGUUACGAAAGUCGAGAUAUUAGAGCGGAGUUCUACCGCACCCAUAUAUCAGUAUCAGAGCAGAAAAGGGAAAGAAAGCUGCAAAGCAGCUUAAGUUCGAGAAAAAUAUAAUAUUAUUUUCAUUCUGAAUGAGGUUCGUGAUGUGAUUGGGAACGUAUUUUUGGUGAAAGCUUGUGGGAACAGUGUCCAAGAAGAGUUCUGUGUUUUGGGGGUGACUGCAACAACGGAAAGAGAAAUCUCCAAUAGCUAAUAUUAUUCACCAGUGGCAGGUUUGGCGGGCCGUCGUCACGUCAAUCAACGGAGUGUCAACGCAGGCCAGUUUUCGGCCUGCCGAUGGGUAGACACAGCCGGCUCCUGCUGCAAUCUACAUUUGUGCAAAAAAUUAUGCUUCCAGUGCCACUGCUGCGGCCAGCAUAUGCAAAUCGGCAAAACUCAUCAACUUGAGCGCAAGCUGUUCAGAGCGUAGCCUUCGCAGCAGCAAAAAGUGUCCAUAAGUUAAGUUUUGAGUAAGCAUCACGAAAACUACGCUGCAACCGACACGUAAGAAGAAAACAGAAAAUGAUGGUACAGGAAACGAGUGGCUUGAAGCAAUUUAUAAAGUGUUGAGUGGAAGUAAAGUUUUCCUACAAGUGUAACAGCAUGUCCGUUUCGUGAUCAAUUUCCAGAGAAAUCAAGUUACUUUUCCGAGUAUCAAGUUACUACUACUUAAGUGUUUUUAUUCACCGCAAGUGAGAGAAUAAAAAGUGCGGAAAAAUGCUGAGAAGAAAUUUAGUGAGGCACAGUAUGCCGCAGUUAUCUGUGAUAUUUUUAAUGAUAAUCGUACAAAUAGUCCCAUGGAAUGCACAAACAGCAGCACAAGCAAGCGAUCUGGAAGCCAACGAUAUGUACCAUGACCUGAUAGUACAGAACGGUGCGCCCGAGAUUUUAUCCUACAAGCCGGAGGUAGAACUGGAUGUCAAUUCCAAAUUCGAAAUGACCUGCAAAGCUGCCGAAGCAAUCCGGUGGCAUGCCAAACGAACGGAAGAAGAGUACAUCGAAAAUCCAGAGCUGUUAACGAUGACCGAUUUCGAAACAAAUGACAGCAGCAAACCUUUCGGCAGCAAAAUUGUGGUUAAUGGGGCUUCAGCUAAUGCUGUUGGCCGAUAUUACUGUGUGUUUCUGUCAGCAGAAAAUACGGAGCAGGAACCAGAUUUAGACGAAUUGGAAGCACAAUUUAAAGCUACCAGCACGUACAUUUUCGUCAAGGAUCCGGACAACCCAUUGGUACCGGUACAUGUGGUCGUCAGUGCCAGGCAGUACGAGGAUGUCGUGAUUCCCUGCAAACCUUCGUCCAAGGAUGUUCAGGUGGAACUCGUUAAGGACGAACAGGAGAUGCAAAUCGACAACUACAAGUACACCGAAACCGUCGGCUUUGUGCUAACCCCGUACCGGUUGGACGAGAGUGGCCUCUAUCUGUGCCGGGCCAAGGAGAGCCCGGACAACGUGCUGCACUUCCACAUGGAGGUCAUGGAAUCCUCGGUUACCGAGUACAUCCAGAAGCCGCGUGUCGAGAGCAAAGCGGGAGAGUAUGUUAAGCAGGGGGAAAAUAUUCAACUGACCUGUUCACUGGACGUGUCCGAGGGAGUUAAAUUCGAUAUGCGAUGGAUUUUGCCGACGAAGCGGUUGGCCCAAAAUGACUCCCGUACCACCGUUAGUCGAAUAUCCGUGGUUCCUCAUCCAAAUCGGCCAAACUAUGUAAUUGGUACCAACGAAUUGACCAUCCAGCAAAGUGUAGGAUCAGACACCGGUUUUUACAAGUGUGAAGUUCAAGAUCAUCACAAGCACGUGAAUCAUCGAUCCGCUCGUAUUGUCAUCGUAGAGCAGGAUGCUGCAUUUAUUAAUCUUACCGAAGACAACGGCUUGGAGUUGAUAAAUACCACCAUAAGGCGGCCAAUCAAAAUUAUAAUAAAGUACAGUGCCCAUCCUAAACCAAUGUUUCACUGGAUUAGAGACGGUGGUGAGGAGGCCCUCGAAGCGGGUGACAAAUAUGAAAUUUCCGAGGACAAUAAGCAAGUGACGCUGAUCAUCAAACAUCCGAGCGUGUAUGAUACUGGAGUUUACUCACUGCUUGCGGAGAACGAAGGGGCCAACGCCACCUAUCAUAUGAAAGUUUUCGUUAGAGAAAAACCGGUUCUUACAAUGAAUUCAAUUUUUGCGCGUCCCAAGGAAAUGGUGACGUAUGUGUGUUCCUCAGUCGGCUACCCGAAGCCGAAUAUGCGAUUUGUUUUUAUGCCCUGUACCGGUGAACCAUGGACCAACUGCUCGAAGCCAAUCCAACCGAAAAAUAUUAAAGAAUACACUGCUCGAUUAGUUGCUUGGGCUGAACCGGACGAAGUAGUCAUGCUGCGGGGAGUUCGACUGCAAGAUAGUGGUAAAAAUAAGGAAAUCUUCACCGUCGAACAGUACAGUUUCCAGGCCGAUACGGCUGGCUAUGUUGGCUGUUACGCGGCCAACAGUGAAGGACAGGACUUUGUCAAAGCUGAUCUGCUGAUCAGUGACCUAGACGAGCCGGUUACGAUUACGCAGGAAACACCGAAAACGGACGUCACUCGUGGUGAUCGCGUGGAAAUAGUAUGCGCCGCAUCCGUAUACAACCAUACCAGUCAGCUGUCGUUCUUCCGCAAUGACAUCGAACUCUUCGAGGACAGUUCGAAUGAUAUCACAAUACAAGAUUGGUACGAAACCUAUGCCUUCCGCCGAAGGCUUAUUAUCGCCGAUGUUGACAAAAAUCACGAAGGCGACAUUCGCUGUCAAGCGAAUGUGGCCAACUCGGAGCUGGUCGAAAGUAAAGAAAUUAGAUUGGUCGUCCAUGAACCGAUUGCUCCGAAAAUUCUCGAAGGAAGCGACACGGUUGAGCUGGAGCUGGGAAUGGGAGACACCAAUCAGUUCCAGUGCAGCGCCGAAGGUAUGCCACAUCCGACGGUCGAAUGGUUGAAGGAUGGCGCACCGAUGGACUUCGAAAACGACACGAGGAUUCUGCUCAUCAACGGAACAACGGUUUUCUUCCAAUUUUUGAAAGCCGAAGACUCGGCGGAGUACGCGUGCCGCGUGCAGAACAAAGUCGGUCACGCGGAAAAGCGAUGGAACUUGCGGGUGAAAACCGUAACCAUUCGAAGAACCUGGAUCUAUCUGGUUCUAUCGUUGCUGGUAGUAUUAUUCUUAGCUGUGAUUCUUAUCUCAUUGUUUUACUAUAAGAAGAAAAAAGAAGUUACGGCUAUGAAAGAAGCUGGUCUUGCUAAUUUCGAGGAAGGAAAUUUGGAGCAAAUGAAUCCGGACAUUUCACUGGACGAGCAAGCAGAUCUGCUUCCGUACAAAACCGAGUACGAAUUCCCCAAGGAAAAGUUGAAACUGGGAAAACAACUGGGCGCAGGAGCUUUCGGAGUGGUAAUGAAAGCUUCGGCUCAAGGUAUUAUGGUUAACGAGGAUGAAACGGUCGUCGCUGUCAAGAUGGUGAAAAAGCAAACCGAUAACGAAGUGAUGCGAGCUCUGAUAUCCGAACUUAAAAUAAUGGUCCACUUGGGACAACAUUUGAACGUCGUGAAUUUGCUGGGAGCCGUCACGAAAAACAUUGCCAAACGUGAGCUCAUGGUAAUAGUAGAAUAUUGCCGCUUUGGCAAUGUGCAAAACUUUUUGCUUAAGCAUCGACCGUACUUCAUCGACCAGAUCAACUCCGAUACGGGCGAAAUAGAUCAUAGUAUCGAGAAAAACCAAUUCCGUUGGUCCAAAGCUGGUUACAUGUAUAACAGUAACAAUAGCAACUCGGGAAACUACACCAAUCCGAAGAAUCACCUUAACUCGAAGGGUUAUGUCAGGCAUUCCGGCAUCCAAAACAUGGCCAUGGUCGACAGCUGCAACACGGAGGCCACCGUUAUGACGUCCAUUGAGGGAGAAGAACUAAAUACCAACAAUACGGUUAAUUCGAACGAACCUUUAUGGCGCUCCAACUACGGCAUGGAUUACAAGGGACCCGCCCGAUCGGUGACAACUACCGAUCUGGUCUGUUGGGCAUCGCAAGUGGCCUGCGGCAUGGAAUACCUAGCGUCACGAAAAGUCCUUCAUGGGGAUUUGGCAGCCCGUAAUAUACUGCUAUGCGAUGACAAUGUGGUCAAAAUCUGCGACUUUGGUUUGGCCCGAUCCAUGUACAAGAGCGAUAACUACAAGAAAAAGGGCGAAGCUCCCCUGCCCUUCAAGUGGCUUGCACUCGAAUGUAUUAGUGACAACAUCUUCGGAACCUACUCGGAUGUGUGGGCCUACGGUAUUGUUUUGUGGGAAUUUUUCUCUCUAGCUAAGGUUCCCUAUCCGGGAAUGGAGGCCAAUCAGGAGUUGUACAAUAAGUUACGCGAUGGUUAUCGAAUGGAUAAACCCCAGUACGCUAAUCAGGAUGUCUACGAUAUUAUGCUAAACUGUUGGAACGUGAAGCCAGAUUCGCGUCCCUCGUUCAAAGAUCUGAAGAGUCGAUUCAACGCAAUGCUGCCGGAGGAACUGCGAAACCACUAUAUCGAUCUCAACGAGCCAUAUCUAGCUAUGAAUGCAGAAAAGGAGCAACGAGGAGAGCCAGAUUAUCUAGCAAGUCUUGGACCCCCGGAAGAACAGGCCCCCUCUGCGCCUAACUAUGUGAAUGGAAUCAUUCUACCGUUGCCACCAAUUUCCGACAAUCCGGACUACUUGAAGAUGACAAACACCAAAUCGGACUCGGAGGAAAGCCAGUUCGAUUUUGCAUCAUUCAACAACACUCAACCUUCGCCCACGUUGAAGAACAACCUGGACACCAGUCCACAGCAGGGCAGUAAACGGCACAAGAAAAAGGGAAUCCCGGAAGAGAUUCCCAUGCUUCACAACCAUGGCAAAGGUGGGCAAGGUUUCAAUUCCGACUCAGAAACGGAAGCAACCAGUCCGGUACCGAUGGUACGGACAUCGAAGAUCCAACAACCAGAGCAUGAGUACACAAACUUGAAGCGACUGGAUCGGCAACCGGCGGCCGGCGGUGGCAGCAAGAGCAAGCAGCAUUCUAAUGCGAAUGAUGCCUUUAGCAAUCCCGGCUAUGUAGCGGUGAAAACGGUCAAUGAGAAGAGAUUACACUGAAAGCCCAGAUGUACCUCGUUUCGGGUCAUCGCGGGAACGCACAAGCCAUCCUCAUUACUUACUUGAUAGCACAUACGCACCACACAUACAUAAACUUAGACAAUGCAACCGAAUUGGAAGAAUAUGUUGCUGUCGACUUCCUCGAGUAUAAAUGUAGAAGAGCUAAAUAUUUACGACUGAGAGUAACCGAACCUAUAUUGCUAAUAUCUUUUUUAGCAAGCUGUCAAUUUGAAUGUGAACGGGAUGUAUAAGACACGUUUCUGUAUCUAUGUGAGUGUAAACCUAGUAGAAACAAAAAAGAAUUAUUUACUGCUAGUUAGUAACGCAAUUAGCGCAUGUUUUCCAUGUAAACGCAAAACAAGUACUCUUAAGCAAAGCUUUUUCGAAAAAAGUUGCCUUAAUGUUUUACAAUCAUAACGACGAUACUUUUCUCAUUUUAACGACGAUGUAUAUAAAUUAUUGAAAUAUAAUUUAAAUACACAAAAUCUAAAAAUAGACAGGUGUUUGGGUUUCAAAAUUCACAACUGCAAGAAGUAGGGUUUGUUCACAAAUAAAAGAAAGCUAGAUAUACUGCGAAUUACAUCCGAAAA